AAAAACAAAGGUGUCGGAACGGAACACACUCGCUUUUCGUUUCCUUUCCUCGUCCCUUCUGUUCUGUGCCUUUUCCUCCCUUCCUCCUUUAGCUCCACCGACGCCUCAUUCCCCAAAGAACACCCCUGAUUUUCUCCUUAUUUACGAUAUUAAUCCCGUAAAUGUGAAGUUCUUUUUUUGAUGACAACCAGACCUUCCAUCUCCAGAUCCUGAAGCUCUUUUGUUCGAUUCCCCAUUUCUUGUUUUGUCUGAAUCGGUCGCGUUGCCGCCGGUUCAACUCGGCAACUCGAAUCCGGAAAAUGCUGGAGCGGUGCUUGGGAGUCCGCCGAGUCCGCCAGAUCCAGCGCGCGGUUCGGCACAGCACCGUCACGUUCCUCUGCCUCUUCCUCACCGUGGUCGUCCUACGUGGGACCAUCGGCGCCGGCAAGUUCGGCACCCCUGAGCAGGACUUCAACGAGAUCCGAGGCCACCUCUACUCGCGCGGCCGCCGGGUCGAGCCACACCGCGUGCUCGAGGAGGCACAGCCCGACUCCGAGUCCGACCAAUCCAACAACUACGCGACGUUCGAUAUUUCAAAAAUCCUCGUGGACGAAGAGCCUGAGGAAAAGCCCGACCCUAACAAGCCAUACAGUCUUGGCCCGAAGAUUUCUGACUGGGACGAACGGAGAGCCGAGUGGUUGAAAAACAACCCGGAUUUCCCGAACUUUAUCAGGCCCAAUAAGCCCCGGGUCCUCCUGGUCACUGGGUCUUCCCCAAAACCUUGCGAAAACCCGGUCGGCGACCAUUACCUAUUGAAGUCCAUCAAGAACAAAAUCGACUACUGCAGGCUACAUGGGAUCGAGGUUUUCUACAACAUGGCCCUUCUUGAUGCCGAGAUGGCAGGUUUCUGGGCUAAACUUCCACUGAUUCGGAAGCUCCUGCUGUCGCACCCCGAAAUCGAGUUCCUCUGGUGGAUGGACAGUGACGCAAUGUUCACCGACAUGGCGUUCGAGGUCCCCUGGGAGCGCUACAAAGACCACAACUUCGUUAUGCACGGUUGGAACGAGAUGGUGUACGACGAGAAAAACUGGAUCGGUCUGAACACUGGUAGCUUUCUGUUAAGGAACUGUCAGUGGUCAUUGGAUCUUCUCGACGCGUGGGCCCCGAUGGGUCCCAAGGGAAAAAUAAGAGACGAGGCCGGUAAGAUACUGACCAGAGAGCUCAAAGGUAGGCCGGUCUUCGAGGCCGACGAUCAGUCCGCAAUGGUGUAUUUGUUAAUGAAGGGGAGGAGUACAUGGGGAGAUAAAGUUUAUCUAGAAAACGCGUAUUAUCUCCACGGUUAUUGGGGGAUUCUGGUCGAUAGGUACGAGGAGAUGAUCGAGAACUACCACCCGGGACUCGGCGACCACCGGUGGCCGCUGGUGACCCAUUUUGUUGGUUGCAAGCCUUGCGGGAAGUUUGGGGAUUAUCCAGUGGAGAGAUGCUUGAGACAAAUGGACCGAGCGUACAACUUCGGUGACAAUCAGAUUCUUCAGAUUUAUGGGUUCACGCACAAGUCCCUUGCUAGUAGGAGAGUGAAGAGGGUGAGGAACGAGACCAGCAAUCCGCUUGAAGUGAAGGACGAGCUCGGCUUGCUUCACCCCGCGUUCAAGGCUGUCAAGGCAGUAGACAUCAUCAUCAGAGAAACAUGAGAAUAAUGUCGAGAAACCCGGAAAGAAGCAUGGAAAAAUUUGCACGUCUCUUUAUUGGCACACUAAACAUCAUCGUGGGUGUGAAAGAUUGUCACAUUAUUUGUAUAUGCAAACUGAGAUGAGGAAAGGGAUGUUGUGUAGAUAGAACAAUGAAGAUGAAUUAUGGGUGAGUGGAAGCGUAAUGUAAGUUGAGUGAGAGAUUUUGAGUUGGGCUAGUGGCAAUUGAUAAGAAGGAAAUUUGGAGAAUGGUCUGAUCAAUGUUGAUAUGAGUGGUUUCUUGGUUUGGCGGAUACAACUACCACUAUGUUAGUGUCUGCGGAUGAGAUUUGAGCAACUUCCUUUCAAGUCUCAAAGGCAAGAUUCUUUUAUUAUAAAGAUACGAAAGGAAUGGUUUUUUUUU